AUGGAGUACGCCUAUUCCGGCGACUACGCGGUGCCUGCCCUGUCCAAGUCCAAGACGGAUGACACCUCCAACGCAGUCAAGGGCGGCCACAGCAGCCAUGAUACACCUGGUACAGAGCGCGAUGGUGGCGACGUUAAAGUCGACACGCCAGCCAGUACAAGACCGUCGACAGCGAAGAGACUUGUGCCCCCGCGUCUCGGGAUGGGAGCUACCCGUACUCGACGAAAUGCCCCGCAGCCUGAGAUAUCAUCCCUGUACACAUGGAUCAGGAACGUCUCUCAAGGUCCGCAGUGUCAGCAACAUACAAGCGCUCAGUAUAAGUUCUGCGAGGAACACUUUCCCAUUCCCCUUGAAGCGACCGAGUCAACUACUGAAGAAUGGCUCGAGGACAUCAAGUUACAACACCAGACAGGCUACAAGGAAGUCUUCCUCGCACACGCGAAGCUUUAUCUCGUAGCAAAUCAGUUCGAGAUUGUUGAACUCAAAAGACUUUGCUUGCACAAGCUUCGCCAGAAUCUGUUGCAUGCCCCAGGCACCGACGAGAUGCUGCGAGGCACGACCGAUACGAUUAGGCACGUUUACUCGAACACCAUAUCCCGAGAUGAUGAUCUCAGAAAACUGCUUCUGCAAUUCUGUCUCACCGAUAUGGAGUGGAUGAUGAGGGACAAGGAUCUGGAACCAGUGCUGGAGAGUGUCCCUGGUUUCGCCAUUGACCUGUUUCGCGUAAUUCCUCAUGAUUACUGGAGAGAGAUCAGAGAUGGGGGGGCUGCCUGA